UCCUCAGUCUAUAAGGAAAUAACUUAGUCCGCAGGUAGAGCGUGAUCUUCACGAAAAGGCAGACAAAAUGGCGACCCGUUUAUUCCACCUGGCGCUGCUGGCUGUGGGAUUCGCGAGCACCCAAGCCUACCAACAGGUCCAGACGCAGGGAGGUCGCGCGCUGGCCGGCGAGUCCUGCCUUGCCCUGUCCAAGCUGCUCAUCAACCAGACCGGAUACACACAGUACGUCCACUAUUACACCGAUAUUCCGGAACUUACUAGUUUUACAAUGCAAUACUGGUUCAACCUCAACAAAAAUUUCCGAAGCGCGACCACGUUUAACUAUGCACUUGACGCCGAAGUUAACACAGACAACGUAACUCUUCAACUCCACCAGGGGGAGCACCUCCACUCCCCCUCGCACUGGACGCUCCACAUUAACGGCAUUCUGGUGAUGCGUGUGGAGUGUCCACCCGUCCUGGCUGGGGAAUGGCACCAUAUGUUCCACUCCUGGGAUUCCACUCUGGGCGAGUGGAGCAUUUUCAUGGAUGGGAAGCUGUUGGGUAGCGGGUACAGCAAGGAGGGUCGAGGUCUGGUGAUCCCCGCAGGAGGCAUCGCUGUGUCGGGCCAGCACCAGAACACCGCGCAGUUCAACGGCAUGGACCAGGGUGAGGGCAUCGAAGGCUGGUUCACCCUGUUCAACAUGGUCUCGCACCCCCUUCCUUACCCCAGAUCCGCAGGCACCCGCGCCAUCGUCGCCAGGAUCGCCAGUGAGUGCUCUCCCAACGAUGCCUAUGCUAACGUCAUCAGCUGGAAGAGCACCCCACGAAAGGGGUACGGGGGCGUCAUGGAGACCCCCGCCGUCCCCGUCUGCGGGAGAUUCUAAAGACCGUGCUUCUUGUUCAUAUGCCGGAGGAGGACGAUGUACACGUCUGCCUUUGUGCCCUAUUGAUAAUAAAGCAAAUAAAAAGUUA